AUGGCUCUUGACACGGCCACCGUUUUCGAAUCUCAACCCUUCAAAGACAUGCCAACGUCAGACCUCCCACGACUAGUCGCUGACUACCACAAAGCCACAGACAGUCUAUUUCUCCGACAGUAUGACUCGGCUAGUAAACUCUGUUUAUCGGCGAUUUCUGAAUUUUCAUGGCUAAUUCCAGCAACUCUAAAUUCACAAGAGGCUAGAGAAAUACGGAAAAAGUUUUGUGCGUUGUAUGUAAACGUUGUUGCUGCCAUACUAUCCGACAAGACGCAAAUACAAUCAGAAGACACCGAAAUCAGACAUUUGUUAGAUAGCAAACCGCAUACAGUUGUCAGUGGGGUAUGGUCGAGAAUAGUGGCCGAGGCCUAUCACAACGAAGAAGGAGAAGUAGAUGGCGAAACAGUAGUCGCUUGCGUGCUACUCUGUAUAAGUCAGCAGCUUCCUGAUCUAGCCCGCAGGAUUAUCGAAGACUGGCUAGAAUAUCUUCCAGAUGCAAUAUUUGCUCACCUUCAGAAUGCAUCAGUCGAUGGGAGGACAGAUGAUGAAAUUCUGAAAUGUUAUGAAAAAGUUGUCGAGUUGUAUGUUGUCCAUGUGCUGACACGGCUCAAGGAAUGGAGUUUCGCAAGAAUGUUUCUACGAGAUAACAUGAUCAUUGAUGCGGACCGCAAAAAGGUAUAUGAAGACACAAUAAAAAAUUUAGAAAACGAAUCGCAAAGACCUCCAAUACAGCGGCAGCCAAGACCGCGGAAAGAGAAACCAAAGAAAGAGCAGGCAAAUGGUCACAUCAAAAGUCACCACAAUGGAAAUGGCGUGGUCGCUAGGCAACUUUCUGUUUCUCCAUCAAUGGGCAACAACGACUGGUCCAUGGCUUCUACUACAAACAAUCAUAAAAAUUUUAGUAAAGCUUCAUCUUCUUCGCAUACAACCCCAAGAGAGGCAUCAAUUAGUACUCGCAAGCGAGGACGAAAUUUCAACAUGAAAACGUCACCUCAAACAUGGCCAAUUUCACGGUCACCUGAUGAUGAUGAUCAAGUAUCUCGACCUACUGAGAACACUUUUGAACGAAUAAUGUCAAGGAUUGUUAUAAUUAGGGAUAGACUAUCGCCAUACUUGCGUAAUUCGUUAAUCGGUUCACUGACUUCUUCUAUAUCUAAUACGGGGAGUUCUUCAUUAUCCAAAGUAACCAUUUACAUGGCUUUAGUCUUCAGUUUUAUAGUGUUGAUGAUCUCUAGGACGACAAGAAAACAAUUGCGACAAGCUUGCUAUCAAAUUAUCUUUAAAGUCGUUCCAAUAUUGAAAGCCGCCACAUCAAUUAAAGAUUUUUAA